AUGUAUUCACUUCUAAUUAUAGCCAUAGCUGGUUUCUGUGCAGCUAUACUCACACCUUCACCGAGGGAGGCUAUGAAAUCUCUGUACGAUGUCACCUUCUUCACAUUAGACCUUGAAGACAGCGAUGGUCCUUACGUCACUGUAGAGACUGAAGUGGAGGGAAUUCCAAGCAUACUAUACUUUCCCAAGCCUGGGUACGUUGUAGAAAAAAUUGUCCAGGGCAAAACUGAAGUUUGGGUGGCCGAGCACCAUGAAUUAUGUUUCAACCCAAUUGUUAUAUUCAAGGAUAACAAUGUGCAUUACAUGAUAAUAUUUUCUCAGUCACGUGACGGAUACAAUUUGUACAUCAAGAGGAAUGUAGAAAACCAGUGGAAAGAUUCCAACGAAGACUAUGGCGCUAUUAUGGAUUCUUUACGAGUCGAGGGGGACAAGAGGAUUAAAAUAGACACAGCUGGAGAUGGCAGGUGUAGCAUGUUUAACAUAGACAACAUGCUGUUGGUUGUACCACAUACUAGUUACGUUGCAACUGGUGUAACUCACGAUGGAUCAUACGUGUGGAGCGCACUCUCUGGUGAGAACUGCGUAUUCUCGACUGUGAACUAUGAAUCCGAACGUCCCGUAUCAAUCAGGAUAUUCGUAAGGUCUCACAACAACUUAUUCUCUCAUUAUCUCUUCAUAAACUUGAACGGCACCUGGUUGUUUAUAGACAGAUAUGACUACAAAACCAAGAGGAAGGAGAAAUGCACGAGUGCAGAGCGGGAAAGAAGUGUAAAUCCAUUCAUUCUGAACAUCUCAACUCCAAAUCAAAAUACUGUAAACUUGCAUUCAUACGAAUAUAACGGAAUAUCGUACAAGGCAUUUUCCCCAAAAGUUACCAGUUUUUUCAAUUAUGUUGCGGAUGGAAAGCAACGGUUAUGGAGAGCUAAUGAAGGAGAAAAGGCCAUUGUUGUCUGGAUUUACGCCGGUGAUGAAUCCUCUCUCUGCAGGGUCAAUGUUGUAAACAGCAUGAACGUUGUAAAAUCCAGGUUCUUUGAAAAGAGUAGUAACAAAUGGAACAAGAUUGAAUUCAGUGACUUCCUUGGCAAGUUGGAUAAAAUAAUAAGAGGGACAUCCACCAACAUCCGAUUGGACGGUGCUGCGGUUUGUCCGGAUACAUGCAACCUCAUGGAGUAUAUGGAACAUGGAUUCCUGACAAAGAUUGUACUUCCCAUAUGGCACUAUCGGGUUUCCAGUAUCUACUAUGAUAAUAGGCGUAUUUGGGAAGCUGAAGAUGACAAGGAAUGCACUCUCGCCAACUUUUUCAUUAGGAAUGACAAAAAGUUUUGCUUCAUCAUGGUAAAGGGUAAAGGGGACAAGAUAGAGGACAUGUUCUUUGAGUGCGUUGAUGACAAGUGGAAGAGAGUAUCCAGUGAGGCGUUCUUUGAUUUCUACGAUGACCCGGCCAAGGCCCUGGAAUCUGACAUUAUCGGGGGUCUUGCGAUUGAUAUUAGCGGCAACGGUGACAAGGUCCUCAGGGUUACAGAUCAUACACUCUUUGGGAUAAGAACACGCAAGUAUCACCCACAUCCUGACAUUAGAGUGGACGAGGUUAGAGACGGCUCAAAUCUUAUCUGGAAGGCCAAAGGUCAAAAUGAAAGGUGUCUCCUCUCAGAGACUUAUUCUAGCGAUAACAUAAAAGUGGUUGCUAUUCACAACAAGACGGAUGAUCAUUUCGAGAGCAUAUACUAUGGCAACUCUGGAAGAGGAUGGGACCCUAUUCCAAAGAGCAGAUUUGAAAAGAUGAUAAAGAGGAUGCUGUCAGACGCAUCCCCGGACCUUCAAGACUCCAAGAUAUCAAGGACUGAUAAAUGCAUGAGAAGCGGUGCUGCUGGUCUGUCUAGUGAAAAGGCUGGUAGAAGCUCGAGUGACGUUGAAGAAACUACCCUUGACAUUUCCUCAAAUGAAUCCAACAAUUUGGCAGAAAAAAUCGACGCGAGGAUGCUUAGUAGUCCAUAUCUAAUAUUCAACUCCAAGGCUCAUCAAGAGAUUAAAAAGAUUGUGGAUGGGAAGAUAACAAUUUGGGAGGCUGGAAAUGGAAGAAGAUGCAUUUCAGCCUCAUUUUUAAUGAUAAAUAACAAGGCAGCCUUUGCUGAACUCUUGGUAAAUGAUGAGUUUACGACCUUUAGAGAGUAUCUUGGAAGGACAUCGCACGGGUGGAUGUACAUUUCCUCCAGUAGCUACGAGUCCGAGGUCGCAAGACUCGUCGGUUACAGCAAAAGUGACGGAGCUCUGGUCUUUGCUCCGAUAUUUUCUAUAAUAGUCCCGUUAGUCUCAUUGUAUUUUUAA